GUAUUAUAAUUAAAUUAUUAAAAAUGUAUUUCGGCAAAUUAUCGAUUGUGAUUCUGAUUGUUUCCUGUAUAAUGAUCGACGCUCGAAAGAAGAUCUCCAAAGCCAAACUCAAGAAAUCAGAUCUUCAAAACUUAGGCAUUGGAUGUGGAUGUCAGAGCUCCAUAAUAGACAUCCUGACUUUAGGAUCCCGAGGAUCUCUUAUAGAACCUGUGUAUGGACCUGUGAGCUUGCCUGCACCUGUGAUUGACGUCCCUAAUUAUAGAUAUGCUGAAGCUAUUGAGAUCAACCCAUUAGGAAACCUAUUCCCAACGCUAGAGGUUUCAAAUUACGGUGUAGCCCCUUUUUCAGUUAUUGACCUUCCCUGUGGAUGUUCGGGCCCCUGUGGAUGUCGGGGCCCCUGCGGAUGUGGUGAACCUAACUGCGGUUGUAGAGUACCCGCUGUCAAACUGCCUGCGUGUGCUCCUGCUGCUAUUGAUGUACCUAAAUGUGGAUGUGCUAGCAUUCAGUCGCCGGCUUAUUCUUAUGGUAUAAGCGCUCUCAUUGAUGUGCCGUCUUAUGUGCCUGCUUGUGGCUGUCAAGCGCCCUGUAGCUGUGCUGUACCAAAAUCUUGUGGAUGUGUGGGCCCCUGUGGUUGUGCUGGUUUAUCCUCUUGUGAAUGCAUGGGUCCCUGUUCAUGUGGUCUUUCUGUACCAAGCUGCGGAUGUAAUGGACCCUGUUCGUGUUUGGGGAUGCCUGUAGCAGCUUGUGGAUGUUCUGGCCCCUGCAGUUGUGGUGUGCCUACAGCAGCCUGUGGCUGUACUGAUGUCUGCACUUGUGGACUGUCUGUUCUACCUUGUGGAUGUAAUGGCCCCUGUAACUGUGGGAGCCUGUCUACAUGCGGAUGUUCGGGCCCCUGCAAUUGUCUCGGUAUUCAGGUGCCAUCAUACGGAGGCGUUUUGCCAACAAUCGAAGUGCCUUCCUGCGGAUGCGGGUGUGGUAUGCCCGGAUGCAGUUGUAACCCUAAAUAUUUGCGUCAGGUUACAUUGCAACCACCUUUCUUGUGAAUUUUCUUAAGUACCUACUUUAUAGGUUAGAUUAAAAUAAA